UUUCAUUGCAGGUACCCGGAUGUACCCGUGGAGCAAUUAGCUACGUCAUUGUUCACCGCCGGACACCCGCUGGAAAUAAGGAAUGGAUUUACAAUCGCUACUAACGUAUUCAUGACAGAUUUUAGCAAUGAACAAUGACCAUAGUUGACAGAUCUUCAGAAAAGUCUGACCACGAGUCAGUCGGGUGUAAGCGAACUCCCUUUACCAGUGGAGACGCGGGGAUGGACGGCAGCUGUUCCAGCAGCUGGGCAAUGGGCAAUCCCACGAUGCCCAGCGACUCUCCGAGGCUGAAGGCUGCAGGAGGCUGCCUGGGCCCAACGCCUGGAGCUGCAGUCUACAACAGUACACCCUCCUCUGCGGACCGGCCCAAGGAGCAAGUGAUAAGCAGCGGUGAUGGCAUUGACUCGCCCCAGAAGGUCCUCUUCCCUCCAGAGCGGCUCAACCUGAAGUGGACCCAGGUUCAGCGCAUUGGUGCAGGCCUGCAGAACAUGGGGAACACCUGCUUCCUCAACUCAGCCCUGCAGUGUCUUACCUACACGCCUCCGUUUGCCAACUACUUGCUGACACGGGAGCACUCCAAAACAUGUCACGAGCCGGGGUUCUGUAUGAUGUGCACCAUGCAAAAUCACAUCAUUCAGGUUUUUGCAAACUCUGGGAAUGUCAUUAAGCCCAUUGGGGUGCUCAAUGAGCUCAAAAGGAUUGCUAAGCACUUCCGCUAUGGAAGUCAGGAGGAUGCCCAUGAGUUCCUGCGGUACACAGUGGAUGCUAUGCAAAAAGCCUGCUUACCUGGAACCAAAUUGGACAGGCAAACGCAGGCAACCACUUUCAUCCAUCAAGUCUUCGGCGGGUACCUAAGGUCCAGAGUUAAAUGUUUAAACUGCAAAGCAGUCUCCGAUACAUUUGACCCUUUUUUGGAUAUAACUCUCGAAAUUAAGACAGCUCCCAGUGUCUCCAAGGCUCUGGAGCAAUUUGUCAAGCCAGAACAGCUGGAUGGAGAAAACGCCUACAAAUGCACCAAGUGCAAAAAAAUGGUCACAGCCUCAAAGAGAUUUACCAUCCAUCGCAGCGCCAAUGUGCUCACCCUCUCACUCAAACGCUUUGCAAACUUCAGUGGAGGCAAAAUCACAAAGGAUGUGAAAUAUCCAGAGUACCUGGACCUGCAGCCCUUUAUGUCUCAAUCUCAAGGGGAGCCCCAGGUCUACGGGCUGUAUGCUGUGCUGGUCCACUCUGGAUUCAGCUGUCAUGCUGGACACUACUUCUGCUAUAUUAAGGCAAGCAAUGGGCAGUGGUAUCAGAUGAACGACUCCUCUGUGUCUGUCAGUGACAUCAGGUCUGUUCUCAACCAGCAGGCUUAUGUCCUUUUCUACAUCAAGUCCAGUGAUGUGAAAAAAACAGGGGACUACAGCCACAUGAGCCAUAACCCAGGCGUCCCUGGUCAGUCGUCUCCACGACCGGUGGUGAUACCACGCGUCAACACCACCGUACACCAAAACAACAUCGGCUUCAUCGGUCCCCAGCUGCCACCACACAUGACCAAGCGCCCGCUUCACGUUAAUGGGAACGGAUCUCUGAGGGACUAUCCCACCAACUCCAAGCCCAGCACCAGCAGCAGUGUUGUGGAAAAACCAAGCCAUGGACUGGCAUCUUCCUCUUCUUCCAUCUCCCACUCAAUCACCCGGCCCACAAUGAUCCCAGACCACGACAAGCGCCAGAAGCUUUCAUUCUUCAUUGGACAAGGCAAACCGAACCGCCCGUCCUCCUCCUCCUCGUCCUCUUACAGCCAGCCGUCCUCUGCCGCCAGCAGCAGCAGCAGCUCAUCCUCCUCCAGCUCUUUUAUCUCUUCUUUUUUUACUAAGUGUACAUAGCGCGUUAGAAACGGCAACCAUAACACGCACGUUGGAAUGGAUCGUCCGUUUUUCGGUGCCGUACGUCAAGAGUCUUCAGAGGAAUCGGACCAGGAGAACUGUGGCACUCUGGAUAACGGCGGUUCAGCCAAGUCACGCUUUAAUGGAAACGGCAGAACGGGAGAGGCAUUUAAUAAUUCUCCUCAAGCCACCAACGGAGAGUCGGGAGUACACCACAACGGUUACGGAUUAAAUGGACCAACCAAUGGCGUCUCUAAAUCCAGUCAAAAUGGGCACCAUUAUGGACACCACAAAGUGAAUGGACACAACCCCCCUGAUAAAAUCUCUGGCAGUAAUCAUGGCAGUUCAUCCACUGUGGCUACUGUUGCUGCUAAUGGACUAGAUAGUGACCAUAGUGAUACAAGCAAAGAGGCCCAUCAUUCUUCCUCAUCCCAGGCCAGUUCUUCUCAGAGCAUCCAUCCUGCUGCCAGUGAAAGCCAGCAUCUCUCCACUCCUGACACAAGGGCUAAAGCAGUGUCUGAACCCCUGCCUCAGUGUACAGCAUCCGCCGCCGUUAGCUCUCCACCUUCAGCUACAAAGACCCAUUCCGUCACAUCUAGGGAAUCUGCUUCCUCUUCUGCCCAGCAUGGCAACCCUGCGGCCUUAUCCAUCCCGCCAGACUGCUCCCAAAGCACCAAUGGGGUCUCUGCAGCUCCACAGAAGGUUAGCAGAGGUGGGGAAAAAGCAAAGGAUUCACCACAGACCAGUGAUACGUCAGCAGGCACUGAAAGACGCGCAGAUGCUAAGGCGCAACACCAGUCCAAGCCCAGUUCUAGAGGCAAUGAAGGACAAACUUCCCGAGACAGGGAGAGAGACAGGCUGUACUCUGACUGGAGCAGAGACAGGGAGAGACACGACAGGGAGAGACACUACAGGGACAGGAGUGGAGAAAGCGACGGUGAUCACCAUCGGCACAGACGGGACUCCCGAGAUCCCCACCAUCGCUCGUACAGGGAUCGUAUGCCUCCUCACGAUCGUUCCUACAGGGACUGGGAGUCUGAGCGUCGCUGGGAGCGGAACGUCCACCACCCGAGGGAGCGCGACCGUGACCGGUGCUCUCACCAUUACCACCACUAUCAUCACCACCGGUCCAGAGAGGACUGGGACCGUGAGCGGAGGGGACACGGUUAUCCAUAUCGCGAGGAGUCUCACAGUCGUGGGCGGUGGCAGCAGGAGAGUCGAGAACCCCGGGUGAUGAAGGACAAGAGCAACGGCAGAGAGAGGGACUAUUAUCCGUCAAAAGAGGAGACUUCCUCGCCUCCCACAGAGCGAGAAACCUCCACAAAGUCCAAGGACUCGCCUCCUCGGGCUCGUCUCUCCACGUUUGAAUCGGCUCCAAACAGGGAGGACCAGAAUCACAGGACUGCUGAUCCGUUGAGCAAGGAGAGGGACGACAGCUCGGAGGCCCGCCGCUCUAAAAAACACAAAAAGAGCAAGAAAAAGAAGAAGUCAAAGGAUCAAGACAGACACCGCGAGAGCGGAAGCUCCGCUUCGGACUCGGACAGAGCCGCUGAAACAAAAAAGAAGAAGAAGAAAAAGCGGAGGCAGCGGGACAGCGAGGCCGAGCAGCACAGCCCAGGAGCAGCUCGGAGCCACAAGAACGGCAGCAGUGAGGAGAGGGAGAGCCGCAAGCGACGUUACCAUGACACCAGGGACGCGAAACACAGUGGUUUUUCGCCAGAAAAGCGCCGGCGCACAGACUACACCGAUGGCGCCAGCGACCAUCUACUCCCCUCCAUCCACACCUCCCACACAAACGGUUCCACCCACCACCACCUCAACGGAUACAAAGGAAAUGGUUAUAGCCAAACCAAUGGCGACUCCCACGGAUUCUCCAGUGGCUUGAAACACUGACUACACAUCAACACCAUUUUAACAACAGCAGAGGAAUGACAUCAACAACUUUUUUGACUUGGUGCUUCUUCGUUGGGAAUAUAUUGUAUUUUUACCACAACGAAAGUGUUUUAAAUGUUCAGAAUUUUUUUUUUUAAGGCAAUGAUUUAUUUGCCAUGAUUCUCCUAACUAUGGUUAAAAACAAACUCUCACCCAUUGGACAUUUAUGAUGAAAAAAAAAAAAAUAUAUAUAUAUAUAUACACAUACACACACACACACACACACACACACACACACACACACACACACACACACACACACACACACUUGUAUGAACACAAACAAAGCCUGGCGCUUAAACAUCUCAACUGCUGCUCAGUGGAACUCAGGACUUGAAAACCUGCAAACAUCCAUCGUGGAGAUCCACCUGCUUCAAAUAAAAAUGAAACUUAAUGGGAAACGUGUUGCUGGGGAGAAAAGGCUUCACGUUGGCUGCAAGUUUAAGAUGUCACCAUAUUUACAGAGCCGUGAUGUUUUUGAGUUUUUUAUUUCUUUGAUCCCACUGGGAGCGGACAAACUAAUGGAGGGAGAUAUUCCUGAACAGACAGACGAGUGCAGCGCAGCUCCAAGGCUUCGCUGACUGAUGGCUCCACAUAAACCCUGGACAGACUUGAGGACAUUUCCCAGUUUUUUUUUUUUUUUUUUUUUUUGCUCUAAAGCCUAAGAUUCACUAUGUAAUUUUUAAACUUUUUCACAGAUGCUAAGGUUUUUUCUCUGGAUCAUGCCUCUCUCACAUUCUUUUUCUUUUUAAACAUUGGGGGGAAAAAAGAAGGAAAAAAAAAAAUGCAUCAACAAUAUGUUAUCAUGACUGUGGACCAUUUGUGUUUGCUUUUUAAUGAAAAAUACAGUUUGUCUUCUAGCGUCAUCAAAAAUACUGUGAAUUUAAUUUUGGACUGUACUAUCAGUUAUUUUUAUACGUAAAAAUCCUGUAUCAGGGUUAUCCGUAGAUGUUUUGUUCUGCUUUGUUUUUAGAAAAAAAUCCAUGUUAAUUUUGACCAUACUCUGGACAAACUACGGCAAGGAAUAUGGUUUGCUUCUUUUUUUUUGUUUUCAACCUUCGACAGAAGUUAAAAAAAAACUGCUGUUUUACUUUUUUAGUUUAGCAUGUCAGAAUUUAUACAUUGUAUAAGGUAAAAGCCUUAAAAUACACUUGUUCAUGUCAGAAAUUGUAACUGUUCUUGGUCUUUGACUUUGUUUACAAGCUGCA